AUUCUGUUCUGAUUUCAGCAUACCAGCCUCUAUUUUCCUUACAUUGCAGUCGUGCAAAAAUAGGAAAACAUGUCAUGGUUUUUAAAACGAAGUAACCCUGAUGUUCACCAUAUUUUGCCAGAACAAGUCAUGGAACUGAAACUGCCUGUGUACAAGGCCCAUUCACCACAAAUUGGGAUGCGCCGCUACUUUAUUGACCUCCUGACUGUCCUCAGCAACCGCUGUAAUCUCUGCCCUACAGCACGGCACCUUGCUGUCUACUUACUGGACCUUUUUAUGGAUCACUACGAUAUUACUGUCAAGCAAUUGUAUGUCAUUUCAAUUGCCUGCCUCCUCCUAGCAAGCAAAUUUGAAGAAAAAGAGGAUCGUGUUCCAAAACUGGAGCAUCUUAAUAACCUCGCUUAUCUGUGCAACAUGAAUGUGGUGCUUAACAAGAAAGACCUACUCAAGAUGGAAUUGCUGCUUUUGGAAAGCUUCAACUGGAACUUGUGCCUGCCAACCCCAGCACACUACAUAGACUACUACCUCUUUGCCUCUGUGGUUGAGAGUGACCUCCACAAUGGCUGGCCCAUCACGUCAUUGACCAAAGUCAAAGCUUUCAUGGAAAAAUAUGCUUACUACUUCCUUGAUUUCUCGGUGCAAGAUCAUACUUUUCUCAGCUUUCGUCCAUCUCUGAUCGCUGCUGCUUGUGUGUGUGCUUCACGCAUCUGUAUGCAGAUUUCACCUUCCUGGACUACACAGCUCCAGCUGUUAACAAGUUACUCUUGGGAGCAUCUUGCCCAGUGCAUCGAAAUGAUGCUCAUCUACUAUGAGAAUGAUGUCCAAGAAACCAGCAAUGUGAAAAAGCAAGUCACGCUGCAGCAGCAGCAUGUGAUGGGAAGUCUAAACCACCAAACCACGACUCAGGUCCUGUUUCAGCAGUCUAGCUACCACCCACUUGCCCAGCAUUCGACUGCCCUUUCCCAGUUCCAGUCUCCUGUGCAGGAUUUGUGUUCUGCUUAUCGUGACUCCUUACAAGCUCACAGGCCCAGCAGCUUGCUUUCAGGGAGUGCUAAUAGCUCCCUGCAUUCUUUCACAGCUCUUCAGGCCAGCCUGCAGCCAUCUACACAGUCUCUGCCCAUGCAAGCACCAAUUGCUAUGCAGGUGGCUAUAGCAACAGAGCCUAGACACUGUAUCUCCAUGGCCUACGGCAGUAGCUAUUUCAGUGGACAUCACUCGUACACAGCAGGGUGUUUUGACAGAUGACCCAUGAGAAAAGAAGACUGCAAAAAUAAAACGGAAAGAAUAGUUUCUGAUGGUGCACAAGCUCAAUGUGAAUUUGCAGUGUGAAGGAACAGAAUCUCUAUACCUGACUCACUCAGGACAUGCGCUUCUUAAAAUGUGGGUGCCUUUCUUGCUAGGAUUGAGCUGUUGGCUUUUGGCUGGUAAUAGGAGCCUGAGAAAAAUGCAUGCAAUAACAUAAAUCACUGCAAGAUGUCACUUUGAAAAGAAUCUGUGUAAAAAUCCUAUAAGGGUCUCACCACCUUUGUCUUCCAUAUAAUGGGCUCCAGUGGAUCACAAAUGCUAAAGAUUGUUAUUUGGAGUUAUAAGCAGGAAUGCCUGCAGGGAUUCCUGGCCAAAUAACAAUAUUGCUGGAGGAUUUUGUUGGAAUUUGUUUUUUAUCCAAGUGGAUGGUCUCUCUAAUAGCAGCCUGUACCACUGAUAAUUGCCACUCACAUGAGGUUUGACACUUCAGAGAUGAACAGUUCCAUUCUGCAGGAUCUCUGUGCAGGAUAUUGGUUUCCCUUUUUGACCUGGAGUGACAGCUCAAAACUCAAACUGAAAAAAAAGACCAGAGGACUAUGAAACAUCUUUGCCUUAAAAUUGUAGAAUUUAGGUGUGGUGCUACUCAACAAAACUUCACUCUGCCUUGGUAUAAAAACAACUCAAUCCUAAGAUCACUUUUGAGACUUUAAGAUGCUGCUGCUCUAUAAGAUUGUGUAUAGUGGUAAUUUGUUUAGUAGAAUUGUUUACAAGCUUGUAUCAGGGAUUUAAUGUUACUUGAAGAAAACCCCUUGGAAAAAAAAUUCUUGAAGGGCUUCACUGUUAAGUAUUUUUGGCUUUGUCUUGUGGUCAAAGUACAAUUCAGGAUUGAAUAUCUUGUGCUAAUUGGGGAGGAGAAAGGCAACUGGUUAAUGCUAACAAGAAGUUAGGGUGAAUUGCACCUGUUCAAAGAUGAUAUGGCUAGACUGUGCCGAGAUGUGGUGUCUAUAUACUGUUUUGGUGCCAGACGGAAUAUAUAUACCUGGUAGGCUGAAGUUUCUAGUAAUCUCUGAAAUGAGAAAGAUGCCUACUCCCAUUUAUCCAAAGGCUUGCUUUAAAAAAAUACUUUUAAAACUGGAAUAGGAAUAUUCUUUUCUUUGAAAAAAUCUGUGUAGGAUUUCUGUGGUAAUGUGGAUGUUUCCAAGAAACAUGAAGAUUUCUACCAGAGUAUUGGGUGCUUGUCUGAUGUGUGAACAUUGUUCUGUAGUUGUUGGAAGCCAGUGUUGUUUUUAAAAGGUUCUCAGGCAGCAAUACAGAUAAAGUGCAAUAUGUUUUUUACUGACCUGUGGCAAAUGUUUGGUUUUUUCUUUUUUUUUCCUUUUUAAAUGUCACCUGUCAGUCAGGGCUGUUUUUAAGUUAUGUUUUUAGAUGACUGUUUUUUAAAGGGUGUGUUCUGGUGGAAGUAAAAAUGUCCCUCCCAAAUGUCCUGCCUUGUUAGUGUGUGUAACUAAGAGGGUCUCUACAAAAUACAUACUGCAGCUCUUUGUAACCCUGUAAGAGAUGUCCUCAGCAGAACAGGUGAGAAGUGUCAAACUUUUUAUUUCGUUUUAUUUGUAAAAAUUACAAAUCCUAAAUGAAGAGGCGAUGCCUUAUGGAAAUUAGUUUAGUAACUUAGAGAAUUUAGUUCACUUUUGUCCCUACUCUGCUGGGGUUUUUUGUAUUUAUGUGAAACUAAUUUGCAGAGUUUUAGUAUAUUUUAAUGUAUGUUGUAAUUAAUUGGCUCAGUAGGUUGUAAAGAACCACUUAAACACAUCAGAAACUUUGUCAGUCCUUACUGUGGAUUCCAACUGUGUUUUCUUAACCCCUAUAAAGGAGGUCAUGGGUAGCCUCAUGUUUUGAUGGGCUGCACUCACUCCUAGUGAGCAUUUCCGCUAAUUUCUUGAUGAACACUGUCCAAUAAAAAGGCCUACAACUGUACUUGUUAA